UCUAAUUUUCAAAAUAGUAUUAUAGGUUAUAUUUAAUUUUUUAAUAAUAUACCUUAUACAAUGACAAAAAAAUGUAUUUUCCCAUAGGAUGGCCAAAAGUUUUGAGAAUACCUGAAGUGAGUCAAUCGAAUCUUCAACAAAUAAGUUGCAACAGAGAUAGGGUAUUGUUUUCGAUAUUAACUAGAGAUAGUUUAGGUAUAUGGUUUUGUAAGCCAUGUGUACCGAUUGUGUUUCACCAAAGAACUUCCAAAUCUUUGGAAAAAUAUGGGACAAAUAUUUUAGCAGAAUGGAAACCAGACUCAAGUAUGAUAGUUGUAGUGACUUCAGAAGGACAUCUUUUAUAUUACAAAAUUGGAGUUGUUUCUGAUCAAAAAGGACUGUAUAUGCAAACCGAUUCUCCUCAAGUAAAUUUGCGAAGGGAUAGUGCUGAGCUAUUUAUUAAAGAAGUGAUACCUUCCCUGUUUUUAGAGUUGUGCAAUGAAGUUUUUGUUUGGGAUGGAAAAAUUACUGGAAUUGUUUGCAUAUCUAUGACUGAAUUCAUGAUUUCCACAUCUGAGGGUCAUGUACUGAGAUAUAGAUGGGAUGGAACGCAAUUUAGAGACUACAAUUUAGAUUUACGUAGAAUUCCAUUUUGUAUCAAUCAACAAGUAUCGAAAGCAAUACCUAUUGUUGAGGAAAAUACUUAUAUUAUAGAUAUUGAUUACUCUCCACUUGUUGGAGGAUUUUCAAUUGUUUUAAAUGAUGGUAGAGCAGCUUUUUUAACUGCUUCUUCUUUAAAAUUUGAUCCAAAUCAAGUGCAAGGAAUUUGGGCUCAAGGUAUAGAAGAUGCAACUUGUACAAGAAUUAAUCAUAAAUAUAGACUGAUUACAUUUGGAAGAGCAAAUUCUGAAUGUAUAGUAUACCAUGUAGAUGAAAGCACUGGUGGUUUAGAAAUAUCUCAUAACUGCCAACUGAGCACUAAAGACUACCCAGGUUACCCUGGUGAAAUAAAUUACAUGUUGUGGACGCCAGACAGUUGUGCACUUGUGGCGUCCUGGUCUAAAGGUGGUAUAGUUAUAUGGUCAACGUUUGGUGCUCUCCUUAUGUGUUCUCUUGGCUGGGAUUACGGACUUAAUGUUGAUGUACAGAAGUCAAAUCCAUUACAGAUAUUAUCUAUGGAAUUUGCCGCAGAAGGUUAUCAAUUAUGGUUUAUCCAGAAAAAACCAUUAGAUAAUUCCACGGAUAGCACUAGUUCUGAUUCCCAGGAUAAUUUUGACACUUGUUUAUUACAAAUGGAUUUUGUUAAAAGUGCCCUUGCAGCAAAUCCUUGUAUGAGUCAUCAGAGUCAUCUAUAUCUUCAAGGUGAAGACAAGUUAUAUGUCAAUUCAGUUGAUACAUUGUUGAAAAUUUUCUCUGAAAAAACUAAUAAAGAUGAAGGUUUUUUCGGAGAAUAUGAAUCUUUAGCAGAGGGCAGACAAUGGUUGAUUAUUUCUGUUCCAUCGGCUUAUUCUGGAACCAAUUGGCCAAUAAGAUACUCUGCUAUUGAUGCUAAUGGUUCCAACAUAGCUAUAGCUGGAAGAUCAGGCGUUGCUCACUAUUCAUUGCAAACUAGAAAAUGGAAACUUUUUGGCAAUGAAACCCAAGAGAAAGAUUUUAUAGUUACUGGAGGAUUACUAUGGUGGAGAGAUUACAUGGUUAUGGGUUGCUAUAGUAUAAUUGAAAAUUCGGAUCAACUCAGAUUUUAUCCAAGAGAUACAAAGCUGGACAACAAAUUUUCAAAAAUCCUAGAUGUGCCAUCGUCUGUUCUUCUCAUCAAUAUACUACAGGAUAACAUGAUCACUUUUGGAACAGAUAAUCAAGUUUGCAUUUGGCUGUUGAAACAGCAUGAUACAGCUGGGAAGGUUGAGGUAUCAAGAGUACAACUUAUUGAUAUUUCAUCUCUUGCUCCACAUUCGGCUUGUAUAGCUUCGAUCACCCUAACAUCCCUAAGAACUGAAAUUGGGCGUGGUCAACAGCAGUAUGCGGAAAGUAUGGUAGUUAAUGUGAGUGGUAGACUUUUAUUGGUACAGCGGGAAAUUUCCAGUGAAAACCGUUAUACUUGUUCCAUGCCAACUGUUCUUGCCAGUUGUGUAGAAAAUGUAUGGGUUCCUGCUAGAAUGCAACAAGAUAAGGUCCAAUUGACAGAAGCACUGUGGUUAUUUUGUGGGUCACAUGGAAUGAGGGUAUGGUUGCCACUUUUUCCCAGAGAUAAAGAUAAAGGCCAUUCAUUCAUGUCAAAAAGGAUAAUGUUACCCUUUCACUUGAAAAUAUAUCCUUUAGCAAUAUUGUUCGAAGAUGCAAUAAUUUUAGGAGUAGAAAAUGACACAGUUCUUUAUUUGUCUGAUGCCGCUACUCCAUUCUCCUUACCUUUCAGUGUCCUUGAAAGAACUAGUCAGGUUUAUCUUCAUCAAAUACUUAGGCAGCUGAUCAGGAGAAAUUUAGGAUACCAUGCUUGGGAAAUAGCUAGAAGUUGUAUGAGUCUGCCAUAUUUUCCUCAUUCUCUGGAACUUCUUUUGCAUGAGGUAUUGGAAGAAGAAGCCACCAGCAAGGAGCCGAUACCAGAUGCCCAGUUACCUAGCGUAAUUGAAUUUAUUAUGGAGUUUCCAGUCUAUUUGCAAACAGUAGUCCAGUGUGCAAGGAAAACUGAAAUUGCUCUCUGGCCUUACUUAUUCUCAGCUGCAGGGAAACCUAAAGAUCUGUUUCAAGAGUGCAUGACCAAGGGGGAAUUGGAUACUGCCGCUUCGUAUCUCAUUAUUUUACAGAAUCUAGAGACCUCUUCAGUAAGUAGGCAAUACGCGACAUUGCUUUUGAACACGGCACUAGAUAAGUCGAAUUGGGAAAUAGCCAAAGAUUUGGUUCGAUUUUUGAGAGCAAUUGAUCCGAAUGAUGUAGAAUCUCCAAGGAAUUCAUUCAUUUUACCUGCCAAAUUAGGUUUGCCACCACAGACGCCUCCAGUGUCUGCUAAUGCCGAGGAUAUAUCUCUGGUUUUGGGGAAUGUACAAGGCCCUAGAGUGCGUAGUUUUAGUACAACAGUAUCUCCUAAAUUGUCCGGUAAUAGUGUGUCUGCUAUGAAUUCUAUAUCGGAGACUCUACCAGGGAUGCGAAAGAAAUCUGUUCCAACUUCUACUGAAGUGAAAAAUGAAAUAAGGGUUCCUGGAAGCUCUACAGCAGAGGAAUUCUUUAUUGAUGUUAUACUUCAGAAACAUGCAAGACGGUUACUUUCUGGUCAACAUCUCAUAGAUUUAGGAUAUUUUGCUGCUCAUUUGGAUUUUCAUUUAGUUACCUGGUUGGCCAAGGAACGUGAUCGAGCUGCAAAGAUUGAUGAUUUUGUUGCAGCUUUCAAGAAAUUACAUUAUGAUUUCGAAUGGCCUUAUCCAAAUGUCACAAUUGCUCCUAGUGAUAAUACAUCAGCACCCCAAUCGCCAUCAGACAGCGUCAAUUCCAAUAUAGCGGACUACUUAAAAGCGUUAAAAUUAGACGUAGACCAUUAUUUGAAUGUUUCUAGUAGAGUGGGCGAUAGUGGUUAUAUGAGUUUCCAAGGACAGCCCUAUUCCGGGCUUGCGGGCCAAAUGAACACUAAUGAAAUCUCAAGUCAGACAAUAGGUACAGAAAUGGAAGAGAUGGAUAAUGUAGUCAGCGACCAUGAGGCUCAGGAAGAAGAGACUGAUUGUGCCAAAAAUAAUAUCGAGAAUCAACAAGAAGACCCGCCAUGCUCUCUAUCAUUGCCUAAAAAUGACCUAUUCAGUGCUACAUUGAACUUGCGACAAAAAACUACUGAAUUUCCUUCUAAUAUUGCUGGAUCUGUAACUAGUCUUACUAGUUCUACUUUGGGAGACGAGAAAGAUUUAUCAGAUUCUUUCAGUACGGAAAAUUGGGAAAUUCCCUCAUCUCAAAUUUUGGAACACUUGGCAAAAUCAGGUGGUAGGGGUAACCACAAAUCCGAGGUGCAGUUAAGAUAUUUGUUACAAUUUUUCUUAGAAGCAAGUUGUUUAGAGUGGUCCUUGUUGAUAUCUAUUUUGCUCAGAGAUGCAAUGGCAGUUGUUCGAACUGUUAAUGCAGCGAAGUCAUCAGAUCAAUCAAUUGAAUCAGUAACGAGACUGAGGCAGCAUUUAUUGUUGCUCCACUAUUGGACAAAUACUGAGUGUUUGGCCUACCGCACUUUCAUGCUAGCCAUACAAAACCAAAUUUCCGUCCUAACGAAAAUACUCACAACAAAACACCAACAGUUACAAAUUGUGGAAUACCAGCAAGCUCUGACAGCUGCAACAAUGAAGAAAUCAACACCUCCAUCCUCAAAUAGAUCUCGCCAUAAUAGUACAAAUCAGGAUAAUCUUAGCCAUGGUUCCAAAAAAGAGAAAAAGGAUGUUGCUAUGAGUGCUAAUGACAAAAAGCUCAAUGAAAUAAUUGUUCAGAAUUCGGUUGAAGAACAAUUUGAUGAUACUCCGGAAGAAGAUAGUUCUAAUGGUAGAGGUUGUAAUAUAUCAUAAAUAUUUUUUUAUUUAUAUUUUGUUGUACUGAUAUUCAUAUUUUAUAUCUUGUUUUUUGGUAGUAGGAAAGUAGGUUAUAAUUUAAUUUAUAAUUCUUAGUUUCUUACCUUCUUUUCUAACACUUAUAGGUACAAGGAAAUGUAACAUUUUAUUUCUGAGCAGUACUAAAUUAUAACGUAAUUUACUACAGAAUCAAUGAUCAAAAAGUUCAAAAGCUUUGUCAUUUCUGAUACCUAAUCAUACACUAUCUCAUUUGUUGAAUGUAACUUAAGAAAUAUGAACAUAUCAAACAAAUAUGUGUUAAGAUGGGAUGAAAAUAAUUUUUUUUGUUAACAAUACUACUGACAAAAGUUGGUUCUGAAUUUCAUAUAACUUUUAAUAUUUUUAGGUUAUUUUAGAGAAUUUUGUUGUCAUGAUGUGUGUUCAGGUACAACAAAUUUUGAGUGAUAAUUUAAAAAUAGGUCGUUAUCCAUAAUUAUUAUUAAUAAAUAUAAUUUUUUCAGCAACAUCGAUUUCGUAUAAUAACCGAAUUAAUAUAAUUUCAAAUAGAAAAUUAAUAGUACUGAUAAUGUGACAUUUUACAUCUUUUUGUAUAGAUUUUACUAUAUUUUAUUCAUUUUCAUGAGGUGAAAUUUUUGUCCACUAUAUGCAUUUUGGUACUGCUCUACUUUGAUGAUAAAUCAUUAGUCAAUACAUUAAUUCCAUGUAUAAUAAAAAAAAAUUGAUACUGAAAUUUGGAUGAUUAUACCUUUUAACUAUCUCUUCAAUAAAUGUGAUAGCAAUCAAUUUAAUAAUAAGGAAAGGUAUUUUUUCAUUCCAAGGUAAAUAAGGUAUAAAUCAAAAUGUUAAUUUCCAAACGGCCCAGAUGUGUUACAUAGAAAAUUUAGGAAUGAUAUUAUCACAGACAUAUACAAGUAUAAAAUUAAUCAAUCUCUAAUUGAAUACUUCAGCUAGAAGAGAAAAAUUCAAUUCCGUUUGAGUAUUCUUUGUACCUCCAUCUGAGCCAUUCUAUACAAAUUAUUAUUGUAUUCUUUAACUUCUUGUACUGAUUCUUCAAAACUUAUAACACAAGAAAUUUCCUUAUAAUAAAAUUGUUUUACUCAUCAAA